UAACACUUGUUGAGUAAAUAAUUUAUUCAGUGAUCAGAUGGGUCAGGCAGAAACAGCAGUUAGCAUGACAGACAGAACACCGAGUUUAAAUCUUUGUUUGUGUGCCUGUUGCUAGGCAGCAGAUGAGCAGAAGACAACAGCGCAGAGGAGGAAGGAAACAGGAAGUAAGCUCAGAGGACCAGAGACUCACUAUCUAAUAAUCGAGAUAGCUUUAGACUUUUCUGGGUUCUGGAUGAUUCAAAGAAGGCAUGAACGUCCACAGACCACCAGGGGGCAGCACUGCUUUGAAGAAAAAGAUCAAUAAAACCCCAAACCGAACCUAAACACAUUUAAAAAAAAUAAUUUAUAGAUGAAUGACAGAAACACACAAAGCACGAACAGCUAAAAUCCCCUCAAAGUGAUUGAUGUCACUCAAAAACACAGAUGGGAUUAAAGUUAAUAAAUGCAAAUGAGUCACAAAAAGAGACAAAGGCGAAGGAAACUUUUUUAGCUUCUUUUCUGAGUCUAUUCAGACCAAAUGUUCCGUUUCGGACACUUUACCUGUAAAAUAAUGAACGAGACAUAAUGCGCUACAGAAAGAGGUGAGUUUAAAACAUUGACACAAAGCUACAGGUGAGAAGAUCAAAGAAAUGUUAACAUAGUGAGUUUGAUUGAUUUGACAGAAACCCGCAGAGAUGAAAGUGAGAUUGAAUACUUUUCUCUGGAGUGUAAACAGAGUAACAGGAUUAGAAAGAGAGGAGGGGAAGGAGGAAGAGGAGGAGCGGAAGAAGGAGGAAGAGGCGUCCUGCUCGUCUGAGACCAGAGGAGAGGAGCGGCCGCCAUGUUAACCAAGAAGCCCGGAGCCCCGGUUCUCCCGACGGGCAAAUCGGGCGAGCCGGUCUGCUCUCCCGGUCACAGCGGCUCUCAGACCACGUCACCCGUCGCCCUGCCGCCGCUCCGCACCAGCAACCACAACCCCCUGACGGGGGGCCCCAAAGCCACCAUGGCGGAGCCGCAGGUCCACGUCACCCAGCUGUACGAGGAGAACAUGAACAAGCGUCCGGUCCUGACCUCUCAGCCCAACGGCCUGGCCCCGCUCGGCUCCACCCGGCCGGGCCUCCCCCUGCCGGAGCGGCAAACCUCCGAGGCGGCGCAGCACGGGCGCCAGAGCAGCGCCACCUCCAACAAGCCCGCCGACGGCAAGCCAAAGAGCAACCCCCUGACGGCCGAGCAGGCCAUGAAGCAGUUCAUGUCCAAGAUGUCCUCGUUCGAGCACCACGAAGUGUUCGGCUUCCCCGAGGUCUAUUUCGUCGGUCCAAACGCAAAGAAGAGGUCAGGAGUUCUCGGCGGGCCCAAUAACGGCGGUUAUGACGACGAUCAGGGGUCGUACAUCCAGGUCCCACACGACCACAUCGCCUACCGCUACGAAGUCCUGAAGGUCAUCGGCAAAGGCAGCUUUGGACAGGUGGUGAAGGCCUUCGACCACAAAGCCCAGACCCACGUGGCCCUGAAGAUGGUCCGCAACGAGAAGCGCUUCCACCGGCAGGCGGCGGAGGAGAUCCGCAUCCUGGAGCACCUGAAGAAGCAGGACAAGGACUCGGGCAUGAACGUCAUCCACAUGCUGGAGAACUUCACCUUCCGCAACCACAUCUGCAUGACCUUCGAGCUGCUGAGCAUGAACCUGUACGAGCUCAUCAAGAAGAACAAGUUCCAGGGCUUCAGCCUCCCGCUGGUCAGGAAGUUCGCCCACUCCAUCCUGCAGUGUCUGGACGCGCUGCACAAGAACCGGAUCAUCCACUGCGACCUCAAACCGGAGAACAUCUUACUCAAGCAGCAAGGCCGGAGCGGCAUCAAGGUCAUCGACUUUGGUUCCAGCUGCUUCGAGCAUCAGAGGGUUUACACCUACAUCCAGUCCAGGUUCUACCGAGCACCAGAGGUCAUUCUAGGUUCCCGGUAUGGGAUGCCCAUCGACAUGUGGUCUCUGGGCUGCAUCCUGGCCGAGCUCCUGACCGGUUACCCGCUGUUACCGGGGGAGGACGAGGCCGACCAGCUGGCCUGCAUCAUAGAACUUCUGGGCAUGCCGAGUCAGAAGAUCCUGGAUGCCUCCAAGCGGGCUAAGAACUUUGUGUCGUCCAAAGGAUACCCGCGGUACUGCACCGUCACCACGCUGAGCGACGGCAGCACGGUGCUGAACGGAGGCCGCUCGCGGCGGGGGAAGGUGCGCGGCCCCCCCGGCAGCAAGGUGUGGAGUACGGCGCUGAAGGGCUGCGACGACCCGCUCUUCCUGGACUUCCUCAAGCAGUGUUUAGAGUGGGACCCGGCUCACCGGAUGACGCCGAGCCAGGCCCUGCGGCACGCCUGGCUCCGGAGGCGACUCCCCAAGCCGCCGACGGGAACCGCCCCCGGAGACAAGACCUCCUCGUCUAAACGCGGCACCACCGACGGCACCAUCACCUCCAACUCUAAGCUCACCACCACGUCAACCACCACCUCCUCCUCCAAAACCAGGACUAACUUAGCAGCAAUCACCGACGCCAACGGCAACAUCCAGCCCCGGACGGUUCUGCCCAAACUGGUCAGCUGAGAGUGACCGCACCCCGCUCGCUGUGGCGGGACACGAAUCUGAGCUCGCAGCAGCCAGUCGGACCUGGAUUGAACUAGUCUCUCCAGUUUUGAAGAUCGUUCGGUCUCGUGGAGCGAUGCUGGGGUGCGUUCCAAACAACCACAGCCAAUAGAAACUCUGAGUGUGAGUGCGUGCUGGGAUGGAAGCCGAUCUGUUUGUGGUGAAGUGGGGUGCGUUCAGAACCUCCGUUUGAGCAGCAGGCCGGGUCGGUUCUGCUGCUGCAGACUCACAACAACAACAUGGUGCUGAUGGAGGGAACAAGGCUUUUGAAAACAAAUCUAGUAUUGAUUCAACACCAAAAUGCUGAGAGAGCAGACGUUCUCCUCUGACUGAUGUUUCCCUUUGAAUGCUAAUGCUAACAUAAGUUCAGUUUGCUGGUUUAGUUUUUACAGAAAUGACUCGUAGAUCUCUGACUCAACAGUCUACCUGCUAGCUAGCUAACUUUUGUUGCUAGUUUGUUUAAAAUGACUCCGCUAGCAGGUGUUAGCCUCCUAGCAUGGCGCCUGUCGACUCUCAAUGGCACUUUUACUCAUAGGACAGCUAGCUGUUUGAGGCUAGCUGUCGUCCUGCUACCUAUCCUCAGUCUAACGCGCUAAAGUUAGCCUAGCAAACUGAGCAAAGCUCGUGUGCGAGUCGUAGCUGCCUCACAGUUUGCCUUCUUCAGCAGGACUGUGGCUAGCCUUAGCCGUGUUAGCCAUAGCAUGUCAGCUCACCACUGCCCAGCCUUACGACACACCAACACAACGAUUGUGUUUCUGUGCGUCAAACAACGCAGAGACGAUUUACACGUCUGAGGGAUUAGCAGCUAGCAUAGCAGCUAGCAUAGCAGCUAGCAUAGCAAGUUCGUUUGUUUUGAAAUAUGAAAAAAUGUGAAUGAUUGAGAGUUCAGACUGUCUGACACAAAACGAUGGUUUGGUGUAAAAAAAACUCAAUAUUCUAAGAAUUUACUGAAACCAAAUGAUUUAAUGUUGAUGGCAGAAAUAUGCAGAAAAACAUGUUAAUCUCUUUAAAUGUAGCUUAAAAAUUAAAAAUAAUUAGCUUUAUUCAGAAAAAAUGGAAAAGUGCAGAAAAAUUAGUAAACCAAUGAGUUUAAACAGAAAAUAAACUCAA